AUGAAAAACUGUACAGUAACAACAUUCAUACUGUUGGGAUUGACUGAGGACCCUGAGUUGCAAGUUCUGAUUUUUAUCUUUCUGUUUCUCACCUACCUGCUGAGUAUAACGGGGAACUUGACUAUCAUCGCACUCACCUUUGUGGAUCCUCAACUUAAAACACCUAUGUACUACUUUUUACAAAAUUUCUCCUUCUUGGAGAUGUCAUUCACAACUGCCUGUAUUCCCAGAUACUUGUAUAACAUAGCAACAGGAGAUAAUAUCAUUACAUAUAAUGCUUGUAUCAUGCAAGUCUUUUUUACUGAUCUCUUUGCAAUAACAGAAUUCUUUCUCCUGGCUGCCAUGUCCUAUGACCGCUACGUGGCCAUCUGCAGUCCCUUGCAGUAUGUGACCAUCAUGAGCAGCAGAGUCUGCAGGAGGCUUGUUUUUUGCUGUUGGUUGGCUGGAUUGUUGACCAUAGCCCCCCCACUUAGUCUGGGGCUAAAUCUGAAAUUCUGUGACUCGAAUGUUGUUGAUCAUUUUCUCUGUGAUGCUUUUCCCCUCCUGAAGAUAUCAUGUUCAGACACACGGCUCAUGGGAAAAACUGUAUUAAUCUGUGCUGUGCUGACCCUCAUUUUGACCCUUAUGUGUGUAUUUCUAUCCUAUGCUUACAUAAUUAAGACGAUUUUAGGAUUUCCAUCUGCCCAGCAAAGAAAAAAGGCCUUUUCCACCUGUUCUUCCCACAUGGUUGUGGUUUCCAUCACCUAUGGCACAUGCAUGUUCAUCUACAUGAAUCCGACAGCAGAGAAACAAGUGACUGUCAAUAAAGUGCUUUCACUGCUCGUUUCUUCCAUUUCACCUAUGUUAAAUCCAUUUAUUUAUACACUGAGAAAUAAGCAAGUGAAGAAAGCCUUCAACAACUCAAUUAAAAGAAUUGCAUCAUUCCUGAAGAAGUAA